CCGAGAUUUGGAGUCGGCCCAUCGUUGAAACUUGUGUAGGCUGGUUUUCCCCAUUGCCGUGGUUACAAAGGCAGAAUCUUCGCAAAAGGGAAGCGCGUGAGCGCCAGAAAUUACCGCUCAUUCCCAAGCUCAACCGCCUUGUCGCUCAAUUUCCGAGCUUCUCAAACAAGCAUUUUCAGAACCCCAAUACUCCUCUUUUCUUCCUAAUGGAUUUGCAGCCCAGCGAAUUCGAUCGCAUUCUUUUCUUCGAGCACGCUCGUAAGAACGCCGAAUCUACUUACGCCAACAAUCCCCUCGAUGCCGAGAAUUUGACGAGAUGGGCAGGAGCUUUGUUAGAGCUAUCUCAGUUCCAGAGCGUUCCAGAAUCGAAGAAGAUGAUUCUAGAUUCAAUAUCAAAGCUGGAGGAGGCAUUGAUGAUUAACCCCAAGAAGCAUGAUGCUCUUUGGUGCUUAGGAAAUGCUUAUACUUCCCAUGCAUUUUUGAACCCAAACCAGGAUGAGGCAAAUGAAUUUUUUGAUAAGGCCUCAAUAUACUUCAAGCAAGCUGUGGAUGAGGAUCCUGGAAAUGAACUUUAUCUAAAGUCUCUGCAGGUGGCUGCUAAGGCUCCGGAAUUGCAUUCAGAGAUCCAUAAGCAUGGGUUUGCUCAACAGGCAACUGGAGUAGCCGAACCUUCUACUUCAUCCAGUACUAAGAAAAAGAGUAGCAGUGAUCUGAAGUAUGACAUAUUUGGAUGGAUAAUACUUGCUGUUGGCAUAGUUGCAUGGGUUGGGUUUGCUAAGUCUCACGUCCCGCCCCCGCCAGCGCCUCGAUAAGUCGUCGUGCUAGAAGUUUGGAAGCCCGAAGGCAUUUAUCAGAUUUAGAGCUGAUAUUUGUAGAGAUGAGAAUUACAUAUCAAUCAUCCCUGGUUUUUUUUCCCUUCCUUUUUUGGGUAAUACUAUUUUUAAUAAAUUUCAUUGUCAUCUGAGAUGUUUUUUGUUUCUGCUUUUCUGCGUACGACUGAUCUGGUAAAUAAGUUGGGUUUGCAUCCUGUGUAGAGGGGAGGGGUUUGUUGGGAACCUUUAGUUAAUUACUUGGUGUUGAUUUGUAGAGUAGACAGGAAUUGGUGAUUUUGUUGCUUAGUUUUAGUGUAUGUUUGGAGAGAUUUUGAAAUGAUUA